CCGUAUUUCCGUUAAAUGUGUAACGACCGCGGAAGUACUGCAAAAUACGAAUUGCGCCUCUCUUAUUUUCAAAAUGUUGGACGUUUUGACAGUUAUAUUGGAGGUAUCUCUGCGCUUUCGAUUAAUUACUGAUUAAAACGAGUCGUAUACACACACAAUACUGGCUGAAUGAUGGUCCACAUAACUAGCUAUAAAACUGAAAGUUAUUGUUAUUGUUGGAGUAAACAAAAUACUAUUUCCACUUGACGGAUCAGAUCAUCAGGAUGGACUAUGGAACCGCAACUACUAAAGGAGAGGGGUACCUCUCCAGAAUGGCCCUCAAUGACAACAAAGCUGGUAUGGAGGGUCUUGACAGAGCCAAAAUCAACAAGAUCAUCAUGGAAUCAUCGAAGGGAUCCAAGUUUUAUGAGUAUGAGCUGAAGAAAGAGCAUCAGGUGAACCAGCGCAUUGAGAAAAUGAUGUCGCAAAAAGCACAUAUCACAGAACAGCAGUUAAAGACAGCCCAAGCUCAGGUGGAGAUGACGGCCUCUGAGCUGGAGAAGAGCCGUGAUCUGAGCCGAAUCAUUGUGCAUGUGGACAUGGAUGCUUUCUACGCUGCAGUGGAGAUGAGAGACUGUCCUGACCUGAAGGACAAGCCCAUGGCUGUUGGAUCCAUGAGCAUGCUGUCCACAUCCAACUACCAGGCCAGGAAAUAUGGAGUUCGGGCAGCUAUGCCAGGAUUCAUAGCCAAAAAACUUUGCCCUCACUUAGUUAUUGUUCCAUGCAACUUUGAUAAAUACAAAUCAGUGAGCAAUGAGAUCAGGGAGAUAUUUGCAGACUAUGAUCCUCAAUUCCAGCCGGUGAGUCUGGAUGAAGCCUAUCUGGAUUUUACAGAGCACCUGGAGCUGAGGAAAAGUUGGCCAGAGGCCUCACGGACACAUCGCUACAGCUCUUGGAGCACUGACAUAGAGCAACCUGAACACCAACAGGAAUCAGAAGCGAAAGGCUUCUCCCCUGUGCUGUUUGAGGACAGCCCAAGUUCCUCUCAAUCCUUGUCAAAUUCCCAAACUGCUGAUGCAACGGGCAGAACCACAGAGGUUUUUGGUACCUCUGUUGAAGAGGCUGUGAGGGAGAUGCGCUUCCGCAUUGAGCAGAAGACCAUGCUGACUGCCAGUGCAGGUAUUGCUCCAAAUAUGAUGCUGGCCAAGGUAUGCAGCGACAAGAACAAGCCUAACGGACAGUAUAGGCUGGCCUCCAACAGAGAGGCCGUCAUGGACUUCAUCCAGAACCUCCCAGUUCGCAAAGUUUCGGGCAUAGGGAAGGUGAGCGAAAAGAUGCUGAAUGCUCUCGACAUCAGUAGCUGUGCUCAUCUUGGUCAGCAGAUGGCGUUGUUGUCAUUGUUGUUUUCCGAGACAGCCUGGCGUCACUUAAUGCAGGUUUCUCUUGGUCUGGGCUCCACAUACAUCGUGAGGAAUGAAGAAAGAAAAAGCAUGAGCACAGAGAGAACAUUUAAAGAACUGAACAGGCCUGAUGAACAGCUGUCUUUAUGCAGAGAGCUUUGUGAAGAUUUAGCACAAGACCUGAAGAAAGAAGAUCUCAAGGGUAAAAGCGUCACGCUGAAGCUGAAGAAUGUGAACUUUGAGGUGAAAACCAGGGCAGUGACGCUACCGUGUGCCAUCGCCACUGCAGAUGAGAUCUUUGCUUUGGCUAAAGAUCUUCUUAAAACGGAAAUAGAGAAUGAAAGUCCACAGCCACUCAGACUGAGGCUUAUGGGUGUUCGUAUGUCUGCCUUUGUCAGCCCGGAUGAUAAAAAGACACUGCAAAAGAGCAUCGUUGGUUUCCUCCAAUCGGGAAAGGCAGACGUCCGAGGCUCCACCCAGGAAGUACGUCAACAGUUUGAAGGCGAUCAUCUCCCCUCUUGUAGUCUCAGUCUCACAGCACAGACAUGUCAGACUAAGGAGGAAGUUACUUGGCAGAUCAAGAAAAAGGGCUUACUGGAGGACCACCCUGUUGACAGACCUCAGUUGUCUUUCUUUCAAAGAGCCCGUGCCAAGAGACUGCAGCUUCAGGUUUGUUCACAAGAGCGAGAAAAUGAGCAGAGCGCAUCUGUGCUUACGCUCCGAGAUGAGCAUGCGCAUAAAAGGGCCGAGACACCAAAAAAGGACACAGGGCCAAAAUGUGCGGCCUCACAUCUUUCAGAAACUGAUGCCCUUUGCCCUUCUGAGGCUCGACCAUCUACAUCAAGUUCAGCAUUGAAUUGCCUCACCUGUCCUGUGUGUUUCAGCCACGUGAGCACGGACAAUUUGAAUGUUUUCAACAGCCAUAUAGACCAGUGUCUCAGUAAAGGAGAGUUCCAUAUAUUGAACUCAAAUGCAGAUGUGAAGGACAACUACAAAGAAAUUGAAGUGCCGGGGACUGAUGCACAUGAGGACCAAAUAAAAAAUAAUCAACAAGUCGAGCCAAACAGACUGGACCAACACCACUUGACAAACGAUUGUGUUCACACCACCACGUUAAUCAACGGUGACAGCGGAACAGUGACCUCACACCGGCCUCGGUCAGAUCAUGACAAAGGUCCUGUUCUCAUCUGCCCGGUGUGUCACCUGACCCAGGACACAAAUGACCUCGCGAUUUUCAAUCGCCACGUUGACCUCUGCCUGAACCAGGAAGUGCUGCAUGAGAUGGGGAACUCACCCUCACUUGAAAUUGCAAAGAGCAAUGUAAUAGAUAGAAGCAUUCCCCCUCCAAGGCAAGCAGGUAGUGGCAAAAGCAAAAGACGAGACUCACCUUCAUAUCUGCCCUCGAAAAAGGCCAGAGGUCAGAGCCCUCACAACACCAUUGACAAGUUCUUCAGGUGAUCGCACACCAUGCGCAGGAAGUUGGAAAAGUGAGAAAAAAAAGAUUGCACUUCAAUCUGAAUUGAGAUGAAAUUCUUGAUGUAGGAAACUAUUUUUGUUGACGCCUCUUAUCGUCACAAAAUGAAUCAAGACAAGGAAUAAUCGCUGCAAUUUAAAUACAGGGAAUAUUUAAUAAUCAUGUUGUUUUAUUCUACACAGGUAAAAACCUUUUAACAUGCUAAAGUGAUCAUAUAUCGAUAUUGUAAUAUUUAUUACUUUUGUUUUCAAAAUGUCCAAUGUCAUGUAUAACAAUAAAUUAAUAGGUU